GCCAAGAUGAAGAAUUCUUUGGCAGUGAGGAUUUCCUAAAUGCACUUGCACAAGCUGAGAAGAAUCUGAUGCAAGGGUCUGAAAAGCAAACAACUGAGAAGCAAAUGACUGGGAAGAAAUUAACCAAAAAGGGAAAGGAAAAAGAACAAGAAUAUGACAUCAGAAAAGCUUUCAGCUUGGGGUUGACUCCACCUUCUCCAGCCAUUGAAACAGGGCCCACCUUUUCAACACUUGGUGAUAUAAUUGAACAACCAAUAAUUUCAACAAAUGCUGAAGAAAAGGAUGUGGGUAAAACUUCAGCAGCUUCAGAACAAAGAAUUGAAGAAUUUUCUAGAACUGACGCAGCAACUGGUUCAAAAUUUGAUGCUGACACUAGGUCAGAUAAUGAAGGAUUGCCUAGAACAGAUGCAGGAUCUGGUUCAGUGGUUGAUGCUGACCCUAGGUCAGAUGGUGGUGAAAAAAGUGAUGAUCCAAAAAACACAGUUGAAGGUGGAAAACAAAACAAGGAAGAUGUUUUUGAAAAAACAAAAAAUGAUGAAAAAGUGGAGGGUGAAAACAAGAAGAUUGUUGCUUCAUCCUCAAAAGUCACAAAAAGGUACAUUAUUUAUAUUAAGUAAAUGUUCAAAAAUAAUAAUGAACAUUUUCAUAUACCUAAAUGUACAUUUGUGUUAUGUAAUAUGACCAGGAAUGAUGAUAAGAAAAAGUCAAUUGCAGAAAAGAAGAAAAAAACUGAAAAGGAAAAGGUUGAAAGGUAUAAUUUCAAAUUUAUUUAUAUACACUCAAAUGUUCAUUUAUGUUCCUCAUAAUUUUCUUAAUUUAACAAUAUUUUAUAUUGAACAACAAGACCAAAACGCGAAAAGAAAACAAUUCCUCCUGCUUUCCGAUCUCCUUAC